UUCUUUCUUUCUUCCCUGCGCCGUUUCUCUUAUCAAUUUCAAACCCUAAUUUUUCAACGCACCGUUGAUCUGUACAAUUAAUCACAACAUAUACAAAUAUAUAUAGAUACAGAUAUACGUGUAUGUAUAUAUAUCUAUAUAUAUACACACAAGAAGACCUAAUUCUGUGUUUACAUAGCGGAUGUGUAACCGAAGGUGGUGUGGUGGUCACGUGGUUCUGUGAUAAAAAGUAAUAAAAAAAUUGAUUGAUAUUAUAUAAUUCGGAUUGAAAUUGAUGCCGCCGGAGAUAUUGCCAAUCGAUCGGAAAGACGUUUUGAAAGAGAGAAAACCGUCGUCAUCGGAACCUGUUGUUCAAAUUGUUCCGCCCAGAUGGAGAGAGUCUCCUACCACUCCUUCUUCUCACCCUAACAACGUUGCCGGUGGUCCGCCUGAUUACCGCCGUCCUUUUUCCGGGACCCGUGUGUCAGUGGAUGUGGGUAGUCAGAACGACCGGAAAGGAGGGAACUCGUGGGAGGCGACUGCGUCUCCAAACGGUAACUUUCAUUCCCAAUCUGACUUUCUAAACUCGUGGGACCAACUUGCUAAGAACAACAGUGGUGGAGUCAGUACAACAGGCGGCGGACCAAGGCUCGAGAAAGGGAAUUCGUUAGGAUCUUCGAUCGAUUGGAAGCCUAUUAAGUGGAGCCGUUCUGGUAGUCUAACAUCGAGGGGUUCUGGUUUUAGUCAUUCAAGUGGUUGUAAGAUUGUUGGGGUUGACUCACUUGAUACCAAGGUAGAGGCUCAACCGGGUAAUGGAACUCUUCAUUCGCCUUCUGGGGAUGCUACACCAUGUGUGACACCAAGGACUCCUGAUGAGGCCAACUCUCGCAAAAAAGCACGCCUUGGAUGGGGGGAGGGAUUGGCAAAGUAUGAGAAGAAGAAGGUUGACCCUGAUGAUGUUGUUGAUAAAGAGCCUGGAUCCAGCUAUGGAAUGGUUGAUGGUGUUAGCAGCUCGGAAACUUCACUCCCUGGUCCUUCAAGUUUGCCUUCUGUGAGCCCAACAGUUCCUGGCAACUCUGAAUGUGCAUCUCCUACUACUUCCUGCUCAUUUGCUUGCAGUUCGUCACCAGGUCUAGAAGAGAAGACAUCUCUUAUGGCUACUACGGUGGAUGAUGAUAAUUGUAAUCCUGGUCAUGUGUCUCAAAAUAACACACAAGGGUUAACAUUUAAAUUGGAGAAUUUGGAGCUUACUGAAGGCUUUAACAUGAGCUCUUUACUUGAUGAACUGCUGCAGACUGAUACAAGUGCUCCGGGUUCUGGCUUUGCCAUGGACAAGUUGCAGUUAUGGAAAGCAGACAUUACAAGGACACUUGAAACCACUGAAUGUGAAAUUGAUUCUCUUGAGAACGAACUUAAGUUGUUGAUAUCUUCAUGUCCUAUUCGACCUGCUUCCAGCUCUUUUCUGAAGGCGUGCAACAGAAAGAAUACAGAAGAUUUAAGAAUCAUCGCGACAAGCGAUAUAAAUAUGGAGAAAGCUGAUAGUUUUUUUGAAGAACAUACUGCAGUUGAAAGUUUAAAAAGAGAGAGUCCGGGCAUGGCAACAUCUAGAUUCGUGGAACCCAAUUCCAUCAUGGAUGAACGAAUAGAAUCUUCUUCCAAGUUGGAUAUAAGAUCCCAAAAAGCAGAAUGUUCUCAAGAUCAUGUUGGUGAUGGUAUGGUAGCUUCUUGUGGGGAUGGUAGUCAGGUCUCAACAGUUCCCUUUGGUAGAGAAGAUGAGUUAUAUAAAUCAAUAUUGGCUUCAAACAAAAGUAUAGCAAAAAGUGUAUCUGAUGAGAUGAGUAUAUCACCGGUCAGAUAUGUGCGUGGAGAUAUCGGGAGAGCAGUUGACAAGUCACUUAUCGCGGAAAGAAUUGCUACGAGGAAACGGUUUCUGAAGUUCAAAGAAAGGGUCACUACGCUUAAGUUUUGUGCAUUUCACUAUGCCUGGAAGAAAGAUCUUCGUGUACUUUCUGUAAAAAAAUUUGGGUCAAAGCCUCAAAAGAAGUUUGAUUUGAGCUCCCGUAGUGGAUCUGCUGACCAUCACAAGCAUCGUACUUCAAUUCAUGGUCGUCUAUCUUCCCCAGCUGGCAGUCUAAGCUUGGUUCCAACCACAGAGCUAGUUAAGUAUGUGAACAAACUGCUUACAGAUUUACCGGUCAGGACUUGCAGGAAGGAACAGAAAAUGCCUUCUCUUAUAUUAGACAGGAGUGAACGGAUGAGCUCCAGGUUUAUUUCUGAUAAUGGAUUGGUAGAUAACCCUGUUGAUGUUGAGAAGGAGAAGUCCAUUGUCAAUCCCUGGACAGUAGAAGAUAAGGAAAUCUUCUUGGAAAGGUAUUCUCAAUUUGGAAAAAACUUUAGGAAGAUUGCAUCUUUUUUGCCAAACAAGACGGUUGCAGAUUGUGUUGAAUUCUAUUACAAGAAUCAUAAGUCUGAUUACUUUCAGAAAGCAAAGAGAAAUUCGGAAUUUACAAAAGGGAAGUCUAAUACUACUAGUACUUAUCUUGUCACAUCUGGGAAACAAAGAUUGAAUCGAGAAACGAGGGCAACUACUUCUCUUGACAUGCUUGGAGCUGCUUCUGCAAUGGUUGCUAAUGUGAAUAGUGGUAGCAUCGUAGAGCGAUCAAAUGAUCUUGCUUCGUUCUGUAAUGAGCAGGAGACAGCCGCAGCUGAUGUAUUAGCUGGGAUUUGUGGAUCCAUAUCACCAGAAGCUUUGGGUUCAUGCAUCACAAGCUUGGCUGAUCAUGGAGAUGUCUAUCACCGUGUCAGGAGAUGCCAGAAAGUGGGUGGUUCAUCGCUAAAUUAUGUUGAUGAGGAUACUUGUUCGGAUGACAGUUGUGAAGAGAUGGAUGCUUCUCAUUGGACGGACGAAGAGAAGUCGAGUUUAAUAAAGGCUGUGCGGACUUAUGGCAAGGAUUUUUUGAUGAUCUCUAGAUGUGUGAGAACAAGAUCGAGCGACCAGUGCAGAGUUUAUUUUAGUAAGGCUCGAAAACGUCUUGGAUUGGACGUGAUUGACAUUGAAGGUGGAAGUGAAGGUACAACGGGGGCUAACCAAGGGGGUGGUGGGAGUGAUCAUGAUGAUACUUGCAUGGUGGAUAGUGGCUCUGGUAUAUCUCAAGAUAAAUCAUCUAUGGAGUGUAAGAUGGAAGUUGAGGACCUGCACUCGUCUGAUAGGAAUGUGGUGUCUGAUGUCAGGGAAUCCGAGCUUGUGUUAGGGAAUUCAGUAAUGACUGACUUUGAGGCAGAAAAUAAGCCUGGAGGAAGGAUUUCGAAUGCUGAUAUGGAGGGAGCUGCUGAUAGUGAAGGUACUGAAGCUGCCAACGGGGAGGAAUCCCCACAGAAUGCAUGUUCAGACUCCGCAUCAGGUGCAAAAGUUGAAGAUGUCACAGUUCCCAGUAUGUCUGCCAAGCUUUUUAAAGAUGGAAUAGGCGAAUCUGAGCAUGAGUUGCCCAGCAGGGGUGGCAGCAGGUCCAAUGAUGAUGCUAGUGCGGUGAGAGGGUCAAGUUGCUGUCCAGUUGAGGACCUCAAUUCUGUUUCCUAUCACUCUAGAGGCAGUUCUUUGGAUUUAAGCAUUGAUCAUCGAAACAAUUUGGACUUGAAUGCAGCUUCAGAAAAUGUUUCAUGCCAGGAAGCAGGUAAUGGUUUUGUGAUGUCAAAUUUGUUUUCCAAAGACCUCAAGAGGAAAACUGUUGGCCAGGAUGAUGUAUCAUCCAGACUUUCUUUCAGGAAGAGCGGUCAAAGAUCUUCAAGUAUAGAUGGUUAUCAUUUGAAUCUUCCCAAACGUUCCCUUAGUAAUAAUGAACCACAAAGCAACUUUAAGCUGGAUGAGAGUCAUUUAAUGCCAAGGGAUGGCUGUAUACAGAUGUGCACUAGUUUGACAUCUGUGUCCCAAGAGCAGAGACGGAGUUCAUCCUUAGGCGUUGAAAAGCCAAAUAGGAGUGGUGAUGUGAAGCUAUUUGGUCAGAUUUUAACUAAUAAUUCAUCUGAGUCAAAGGCAAAUGGUACUGCAACUCUCCUUGAGAAGCCAGAUGCUAACUUGAAGUUUGUUAGCCAUAGCACUCAUAGGAAAUUAGCUUCACUGGAUCUUGAUCAUAGUAGUAAAGACUUCGCUAUUGGCGUGGAGAACAAUCUGCAAUUGAGUAGAAGUUAUGGGUUUUGGGAUGGGAACAGAAUACAGACGGGGUUUCCAUCUUUGCCUGAUUCUGCAGUGUUACUGGCUAAAUAUCCUGCUGCCUUUAGCAACAUUUCUACGAUGUCCAAGUUGGAUCAGCCUCAGCAGCUACAUUCAUCCUUAGAAAGUGGUAAUGAACAAUGUAACAUAAACGGCGUUCCUAGUUUUCAGACUAGAAAACUAAGCAGCAACACACGAGUUCCAGGGUACCAUCCAUAUGGACAGCCUUUUAAUGUAGAUAAGUUAUUACCUGAGAUUCCAAGACGGAAAGAGUUGGAAGCUUUGUCUAGCGGUGUACAACAAGGUAGGGGUAUGAGUGCUGUUGGUGGGGCUUGCAAUGGAGUCUCAGACCCUGUGGCAGCCAUCAGAAUGCACUAUGCAAAAACAGAACUUUACAAGAAUGGUGGAGCCGGUGAGUCUUGGAGAGGUAAUGUUAGUGAUAUAGGAAGCAGAUGAUAGAUUGUUUAUGGGUGGUAAAGUUUAACCUUUUCUUUUUAUCACCUCUGUAAUAUAUGUUUGUUGUAUGGAGUUGAGCAGUGAUAGGACAUGAUGGCUCUCAUAUACUAUUGCCGUCUGUUUUGGUUUAAUUUUAUUGUUAAUUUGUAAUAUCUGGAGCUUUUUUUUUCAA